AUGAUUCCUCUCUUCAACAAAGUGCUUCCUCUCUUGAUCAAGAUGCUUCCUCUCUUCAUCAAGAUGCUUCCUCUCUUCUUCAAAGUACUUCCUCUCUUGAUCAAGGUGCUUCCUCUCUUCAUCAAGAUGCUUCCUCUCUUCAUCAAGAUGCUUCCUCUCUUCAUCAAGGUGCUUCCUCUCUUCAUCAAAGUACUUCCUCUCUUGAUCAAGAUGCUUCCUCUCUUCAUCAUGCAGCUUCCUCUCUAA